AUGCACAUUUUCCUGUGGACCUUUCAAAUUUUUGUGGUCCUAAAAUUUGUGGAAAAUUUUGAGGAUUUUCGAAUCGAACAUGUGAAAUUGCGAAAAAAUCGAGUUCGGAGGGAAAUUUCAAGCAGUUCUGUAGACAGGUAGGAAAUUUGGAGCAUUUUGAUACCAAAUAUGACAAAAAAUAAAAAUUUCCAAAAAAUUUUGAUAGUUCCCAUGGGGGAUCGAACCCCUGACCUUUUUCUUGAUAAAUUUUGGCUUGAUUUUGAAAUUUGGAGCAUUUUGAUAUCAAAUAUGCCCAGAAAUAAAAAUUUCAAAAAAAAAUUGGUAGUUCCCAUGGGAGAUCGAACCCGUGACCUUUUUCUUGAUAAUUUUUUCCGCGAAAUUCAAAAUUUUCAAAUUCCAGACGUGUUCAAGUCGCGCGAAACGUGACAAAUCUGCUCAACGACGUGCUGCUGGACUACGAUCACAAUUUCAGGCCCGGCCUGAAUUCGGGCCGGCCCACAAAAGUCUACAUUGAUUUGUUUAUACGGACCAUGGGCCCGGUGGCGGAUUUGGGAAAUGUGAGUGAUCUACAGUAAGAUUUUUGGGCGCGAAAAUUUGAAAAUUUACCAAGAAAAAGGUCACGGGUUCGAUUCCCCAUGGGAACUAUCGAAAUUUUUUUGAAAUUUUUAUUUUUCUUUGCCACAUGGCAUAUUUGAUAUCAAAAUGCUCCAAAUUUCAAAAUCUAGUCAAAAUUUAUCAAGAAAAAGGUCACGGGUUCGAUCCCCCAUGGGAACUACCAAUUUUUUUUUGAAUUUUUAUUUUUCUUUGCCACGUGGCAUAUUUGAUAUCAAAAUGCUCCAAAUUUUCGCGCCAAAAAAUCUACAGUAACCCCCCCCCCUCCCAUAAUAGUACUGUAUUUUUGCAGACCUACAGUUUCAACUGCUAUUUUCGGCAGAAAUGGAAGGAUGAUCGAUUGCAGAUCCGCAACAACAGUAUCGGUUUGCGCCAGCUUAGUCUGAGCAAUGCGAUGUUGGAUCGGAUUUGGAAGCCGGAUACGGUAGGUUACUGUGGAAAAGGGUACUGUAGUUUUUCUCGCCUUGAAAUUUGGAGCAUUUUGAUACCAAAUAUGCCUAGGGUUACUGUAGGAGUACUGUAGAGCCCUCAGGGGUACUGUAGCUCCUAGAUUACUGUAUUACAGUACUUUUGGAAUGGUGCCAGAUCCUACGUGCACACAAUAACCACACCAAAUCGUCUAGUUCGCCUCGAGACCGAUGGAAGUGUACUGUACUCGAGCAGGAUUACGGUAAAAGGUGAGUACUGUAGGGGUACUGUAGCUACAGUAAUCUGCCAGAUUACUGUAGCUACAGUAAUCCACUAGAUUACUGUAGCUACAGUAACCUUUCUAGCAAAAUGCUCAAUGGACAUGAGUCGCUACCCGCUGGACAAACAGGCCUGCCGACUAAUCCUGGGCUCCUACGCCUACACGGCCCAAGAAGUACAGUAUGAAUGGCGAAAAAUGGGCGAGGAUCGGGGGGUCAAGGUACGGUAGGGGUACUGUAGAAAUUUUGGCGCGAAAAUUUGGAGCAUUUUGAUACCGAAUAUGCCAAGAAAAAAAAUUUUGAAAAAAAAUUGUAAUUCCCAUGGAGGAUCGAACCCCUGACCUUUUUCUUGAUAAAUUUUGGCUGGAUUUUGAAAUUUGGAGCAUUUUGAUACCGAAUAUGCCAAGAAAUAAAAUUUCGAAAAAAAUUUGAUAGUUCCAAUGGGGACUCGAACCCGCGACCUUUUUCUUGAUAAAUUUUGGCUGGAUUUUGGCCAGAUUUUUCUGAAAAUUCGGAAUUUUUCGACACCGCAUAUACAGUAACCCUCUACAGUAACCCUGUAAAAAUCUAGCCCAAAUUUUCCAAUCAAAAGGUCGCGGGUUUGAUUCCCCAUGGGAACUAUCGAAAUUUUUUUUAAAAAUUUUAUUUCUUGGCAUAUUUGAUAUCAAAACGCUCCAAAUUUCAAAAUCUAGCCAAAAUUUACCAAGAAAAAGGUCACGGGUUCGAUUCCUCAUGGGAACUAUCGAAUUUUUUUCGAUUUUUUUGUUUUUCUUUGCCACGUGGCAUAUUUGGUAUCAAAAUGCUCCAAAUUUCAAAAUCUAGCCAAAAUUUUCCAAUCAAAAGGUCACGGGUUCGAGUCCGCAUGGGAACUAUCAAAUUUUUUUUAUUUUUCGGCAAUUUUGGUAUCAAAAUGCUCCCCAAGACUACUGUAGCAUUCCAGAUCGACUACGAGAGCAUCGCCGAUUUGCCGCAAUUCAGUCUAACCGGCUUCAAAAUCCAGGAGCCCGCCAAUUUUACACGUGAUCUACAGUACUCCGCGCUGGAGGUACGCUUCUUUUUCGACCGCCAUUUCGGCUAUUUUUUGAUGAAUUUCUAUGUGCCGUGUGCUCUGGUGGUACUUUUGCUUUGGGUCGCGUUUUUUACGAAGCGGGAGGCGACUGCGGAACGAAUUGGCAUCGGUGAGUUGCGGCAUGGUUUUUGGAGCAUUUUGAGCCCCCACAAGCCUAUAUUUAGGCUCCGCCCACUUUCUGCAAGUUGCGGCAUGGUUUUUGGAGCCUUUUGAGCCCCCACAAGCCUAGGUUUAGGCUCCGCCCACUUUUGCAAGUUGCGGCAUGGUUUUUGGAGCCUUUUGAGCCCCCACAAGCCUAGGUUUAGGCUCCGCCCACUUUUGCAAGUUGCGGCAUGGUUUUUGGAGCCUUUUGAGCCCCCACAAGCCUAGGUUUAGGCUCCGCCCACUUUCUGCAAGUUGCGGCAUGGUUUUUGGAGCAUUUUGAGCCCCCACAAGCCUAUAUUUAGGCUCCGCCCACUUUCUGCAAGUUGCGGCAUGGUUUUUGGAGCCUUUUGAGCCCCCACAAGCCUAGGUUUAGGCUCCGCCCACUUUUGCAAGUUGCGGCAUGGUUUUUGGAGCAUUUUGAGAUCCCAUAAGCCUAUAUUUCAUGAAAAAUGUACAAAAAAACAAAGUUUUGCAGAUAAUUUCUGAAAAAUCGUAUUUUUAAAUGUUUUUUUCGAGAAAAAGCCAUUACCAAUCAAAAUUUCAUCGAUUUCAUCAAUUUUUCAAAAAAAAUCAUCUGAAACAACCCGUUUUCACCCAAAAAACCCGAAAAAACAACGUUUCGCGAAAAAAAACGAAAAAAAAAAUCAAUGUUUGUCCGAGAGAAGUACACAGAUGUGUGUUUGGUUUUCUCGGCCACGGCCAUUUUUUUUCGUUUUUUUUUUGAAAAUUUCUGUUUUUCACGCGAAAAACAAGUUUGAUAUUGAAUUUUUGAAUAAAAAAAGCAUGCCGCAAAUUGCAAUAGUGGGUGGGGCUUAAAAUAUCGCUUAUGGGGUAAAAACUAUGCCUUAAAAAGCCAGUGGAGUCCAAAUAUACCCUUAUGAGGUCUCAAAAUUCUCCAAAAAGCAUGCCGCAAAUUGCAAAAGUGGGCGGGGCUUAAAAUCUUGCUUGUGGAGUAAAAACUGUGCCUUGAAAAGCUAGCGGAGCCCAAAUAUACCCUUAUGAGGUUUCAAAAUGCUCCAAAAAGCUUGCCGCAGAUUGCAAAAGUGGGCGGAGCUUAAAAUGUAGCUUAUAGGGUGAAAACUUUGCCUCAAAACGUUAGCGGAGCCCAAAUAUACCCUUAUGAGGUCUUAAAAUGCUCCAAAAACCAUGCCGCAAAUUGCAAAAGUGGGCGGGGCUUGAAAUAAUGCUUGUGGGGGUAAAAACCGUGCCUUAAAAAGUUAGAGGUCCCCAAAUAUACCCUUAUGAGGUCUCAAAAUGCUCCAAAUUCAAUUUCAGGAAUCACAAAUGUGCUCACAAUUGUGCUCAUCUCCUUGGACUCGAAGACGGACUCUCCAAAAGUCGAUAGCCCCACUGCGCUGGAUGUUUAUAUCUGGAUUUGCUACGUGGCACAUCUAUUUUGUAUGAUCGAGUUUACGGUGGUCCAUUAUUAUACCAAAUAUAAUACAGGCGAUCCGGAGAUACAGGAAGUCGAAAGGGAAAGAAUUCGACAAAUUAUCAAGCAGAUUCCCAAAAAGAAGAAGCCUGGGCCCGGGCCCGGGCCUAGACCUAGGCCCGAAGUCUUAGGCCCCACUCCACGUCGCAAUCGCUUCAUGUCGGUCCGAAACCCAGUGAAAUCGGCGCCGAUCCGAAAAAUCAGUCAUAUGGAGAAAUUUGAGGUCCAGGAUGGGCCCGAAGAAUCGGGCCGGCCUGAAAAUCUCGAAUUUUUUCGGCAAGAAAAUGUGGGCUGGAGGUUGUACACGUGGAUGAUGGAUCAUGUGAGUUUUGAAAAAAAUUUUGAUAGUUCCCAUGGGGGAUCGAACCCGUGACCUUUUUCUUGAUAAAUUUUGGCUUGAUUUUGAAAUUUGAAGCAUUUUGGUAUCAAAUAUGCCACGUGUCAAAAAAAAAACAAAAAAAUUUUGAUAGUUCCCAUGGGGGAUCGAACCCGUGACCUUUUUCUUGAUAAAUUUUGGCUUGAUUUUGAAAUUUGAAGCAUUUUGAUAUGAAAUAUGCCAAAAAAUAAAAAUUUCAAAAAAAUUUGAUAGUUCCCAUGGGGAAUCGAACCCCUGACCUUUUUCUUGGAAAAUUUCAGUUAAAUUCAGCUGCGUACCUUGGACAUUUGAUACUCAGCUAACCCUUAUGGUACGCAGCCAAAUUUAACAAAUUUUAAUUUCACUGCGUACCUAAGACAUUAGAUACUCAGCCAACACUGAAAUUUUGAAUUUUUUGUUUUUUUUUGCACUUUAAGUUUAUUUUUUGUUAUUUUUUCAAAAAAAUUAAUUAAUUUCAAGAUUUUUGACGUUAAAAAGUACAGUACUCAUAUUUGGUGUCAAAAAACUGCAAUUUUUCCCUACAGUACUCCUAAAUCACUCUUACAGAACAUAAAAACGGAUCCAUUUGGUGUGGCGCAAAAUUCGAUAAGUCGCAUCGAUAAAAUCUCGGUUUUCCUGGCUCCCCUGAUUUUUGGCCUAACUUUGGUGUUUUAUUACGAUUUUUAUGUGAAUCGGCCGUUUGAAUUCAAUUUUGAUAAUAAUAAUUUUACUCGCUACAUUUAA